UUUCAACCCUUGGCUACUGGGAGCGUUCAAACGCCGAGACCCGCCAUGUCGCAGCCCCGCGUGCUGCCCCAGAGCAAGGAGACCCUGCUGCAGUCCUACAACAAGAGGCUGAAGGACGACGUCAAGUCCAUCAUGGACAACUUCACCGAGAUCAUCAAGACGGUCAAGAUUGAGGAUGAAACACAAGUCUCCCGAGCAACCCAAGGUGAGCAAGACAACUAUGAGAUGCACGUCAGAGCCGCAAACAUUGUCCGAGCUGGCGAGUCCUUGAUGAAGCUUGUGUCUGACCUGAAACAAUUCUUGAUCCUCAAUGACUUCCCCUCUGUGAAUGAAGCUAUCAACCAGCGUAACCAGCAGCUGCGGAGCCUACAGGAUGAAUGUGACAAGAAGCUCAUUGCGCUGAGAGACGAGAUUUCCAUUGACCUGUAUGAGUUAGAAGAAGAAUAUUACUCUUCCAGGUACAAAUAGGAUGCCUGCCUACUAACAAGCCUCCUGCCCUUUUUGAGAAUUGGUCUAGGAAAGCGAAUAGUCCCUAGGACUCAAGGCUAUGGGGAUGGUUCCCAUUAACAUCUACAGUCCUGAUUUUUAAUUAGAUCAAACUCUUCUUAAAGACAUGGUGCUGGCAGAGUCAUGGUAGGGGAGACCGAGGUUCUUUCACAAGUGACCUAAUUAUAGUGUGCCUUUUCCCAGGGACCUACCAUCACCAGCUGUCUGGGUCUGUAAAAAUUAACCUUUUAAAAUGAGUAGGCUGGACUCAAUUUAGCUCAAUUCAGAGGGCCUGAUUUCUUUUAAAAAACCUAUUAUAUUUUUUAUGAUGAAGUCUUUCAAAACUUCCAAUACAAAGUGGAUUUUAGUGGAUUCAGAUACUUUUUUUUCCCCCCCCAGCUAAGCUUGCAACCUCAGACACCGCUACCAGCGAGGUCUAGUAAAUGUAAGUGACUAGAGUCAAAUCCAAAAUUAACUAAUUUGGUUCUGUUGUUCAAUUUGAGUAGGUACAAUAGGUAAAAGUUAAGCAACACCCAGGCAACAUGUACUUGCUGUUUUACAAAUGCUUAUUUUAAUGUUUGGACCAAUACAUUGUGACCAUGCUGGCAUGGUCUUUUUUUUAGCCAGCCCUGGAUGCCACAGAAAAUGACCUUUCAUAGCAGAACUAAUGGGGCUCCUAAGGUGGGAGAUGUUGGCUGUGCUAUAUAGCUGUGCCUUUUACCAGAUCCCAUAUCAAGUAGGUGUCCUUGGCUGUUUAGCAAUUACUCCCUUUUACCUCUCUUGCUAUCAGCUUUCUUUAUUUCUGCACCAAAGAAAUACACAAGUGUGUCAAUACAGAAGACCAGUGAUUAAAAGUUAUUUUAUAACUAGAGUAAUAAGGUUUUUUUUAACGGCAUUUUAUUGUCUGAUGUGGGGAUUCUGUUUUUGUAUUCAAAUACACGUGGCAUGUUAAUGUUACUUGUGUUUAAAUGGCUUUAAAUAUGUCAACAUGUACCUUGAGUGGACAAUGUGCACUCCUUCGGAGAGCCCAGAUGGAGUUCUGUAGCUGUCAACACUGUGAACCUCCUACGGUCAAGUGGGUUUCUUUGUCUAGUAGAGAUCUGAUUUUGGUACUAAGGAAAUUACUAGGAGGCUUGCACCUUGCCGGGCGGGAGCACACUAAGGUUCCACACAGCUGGAGUCCCUGGUUGCUCUCCCACUCUCUGGUGCCCGAACCAAAGUGCUUUAAAUCAGUCACCUCCUCACUUGCUUAUUCCCCAAAGCUGUAAACUCAUAAACUUGUGCUUGCCUUAUCCAGCCUCAUACAGCCAGAGUUGUAUGCUGGUGCUUCACCACUCCCUUGUCUGGCAGCACGGGGAGAAGUCUGGAACGCGGGGUUAAGUUCUACACGGUUCUUCAGUUUGAAGUGUUCCUUCUCUAUAUAUUUUACAGUUAAACUAUUUUCUAUAAAUAUUGACUUGAGUCUAUUCAUUGUAAAUAAAACAGCACCAAAACCCCACUUGACCCACUGGGUUUGUUUUCCUUUGAAUGCAAUCUGCUCUCUGCUUCAGCAUUCACUUUGGUCUCUGGGUGUGUCUCAUGUGCACAGCUCCUUCUUCUUUGGAAAUUGUUUUUUUUUAUUUUGUUUUGUUUUUUUUUCCCAGUCUCUUCCAGCAUUUUUUCUAUUUCUCAUUCUGAUUUAUAGCCCUGGCUCCUUGCAUCCACCUCGUACUAAAGAACAGACAAGAGUGAGCCACCAGCUUAGAUUUGCUGCAACUAUUUACACCACUGAUCUAAUUCUGUAUCCUUCAGUGGUCAAAUCCAGCAAGAUGGAGAUGAUAUGCAUAGACAUAUGUUAAAUAAUUCCUGUAUGUUAUAUAUAGUAUAUGUAGGACAUUCAAAAUCACUGGUCAAAUUAGGGUUCAGUUCUCCUUUCUCCCAGUAAAAUUGCCAGGAACAAGAUCCUGGCCCCACUGAACACAAUGAGUAAUACCACUGAUUUCACUGGGAACAGAAUUUUAUACCAGAUGUCUUUUUGCUGGAUUUAAUGGGAAUGAGAUUGAUGCCAUACAUCUGUUGCAGACUGAGGUAGCGCCACUGGCUUUAUGGUGCCAUCACAUCUGCUCCUCGCAGGGUCAGUGAGAUCAAAUGCUGGUCCUCACUCUGGAGGGAAUGUCAGUGUCAUGAGAACUGUGAUGUAUUUGUGAUUCACAAAGAUGACAUCCAUGAACAUUUUUUUUUUUUUUUUU